UAGUAAUUAGAAGUAUAGGUAAGUAAUAUCAGUAGCAUAAUUUCCAAAACCCCAAAACCUCCCCAAACCCCAAAUUGGCAAAUUCUUCGCUGCAUUUGAAAUUCACCGAUUAGUAUUCAUGCUGUGGAACGAUCAGGAAGAAGCAAAAUAAUGAUCGAUGGUGGCGAUGAUGAUGCCUCAGCAUCAGAAUCACGGCAAUCCGCCGCCGAAUUCCGCCGCCGCUGGUAGUAUUAGAUCCCCCCAGAACCACCACCUCCCUUCGCCGUCCCCUCUCUCUCUCGACGCGCCCUGCAGAGUUCGCCUCGCCGACAUCUUGCCCUACGAUGGAGCUCCCAUGGCUCCCUACUUGAGGGCCGUGGAUGCCUUGUCCGCCUCCCUCAUGCGCCACAACGCCGCAGUCAUUGAGCUCGGCUCCGAAGAUGCUGCGUUGCUCCGCUGCGCCCUGGAGUCCGCCCGCCUCUACUUCCGCACCAGGAAGGGCGGCCGAGGGGUUUAUACCUACAGGGCUGGAAGGCCUCUGGAAGAUGUAGAUUCAUCCCCACCAUGCUUGUCUGACAUCUUCAGAUGCAUGGGAAGGGCAGCUCGUGCUGCUUUAUGUGCUAUAUCUAGGCAUCUUCGGCUGCGAAGCGACGUAUUCAAUCACUUGCUUGAUGAUAGCCCAUUGCCUACUAGCGAGCCGUCUUCAUCAAUUCUUGUUGCAACAUUUUCCCAGAUAUCCUCUCAGCCAGGGAAAAUUGCACCUGUGGGAGGGAAACUUGCUUCAAAUUGUGAAGUGGAGAAGGGUUUGUUAAUGCUGGUAUCCUCAGAUGCUCCUGGUUUUCAGGUUUGUGACCCCAAUGGGCGUUGGUACCAAGCAGAUGGUAGCUUGUCUCCUGGGGACCUUUUGCUUCUAACAGGAAAGGCUCUCAGCCAUGCCACCGCAGGACUUCGGCAUGCUGCUUCCUAUCGGAUCAUUUCUGAUAACUUUCUGAUCCCACCUUGUGGUGGAAGGACAUCACUGGCAUUUAGGCUAAUGCCACAAAGCAGUGCAAUUUUGGAUUGUACACCAAUUGCAGCAGCUGGGCAUGUGAUUCCUCAAAGCUAUGUGCCAGUAUCUGUAAGCCAGUUCAUGGAUGAUCUCUCUGCCGAGGAAGAAGUAUUGUGUAAUCAUGCUGAUUAUGUACCUGCAGAUAAUUUAAAUAGGGAGCCAUCACUAAGAAGUGUGCUCUCAGAUCCCAUAUCUGGCGCGUACCUUGAGGAUGCUAUGCUAGUUUCUUGCGGACAUUCAUUUGGUGGUCUUAUGCUGAGAAAAGUCAUAGAAACUUCUAGAUGCACGCUCUGCAAUGGAGAAAUUGAUUCUGGGUCAUUGAUCCCUAAUCACGCUUUGAGAGCUGCAGCUGUAGCAGUCAAGCAAGAGGAUGACCGCAGACUAUUCCAUAAUGCAGCUCUGAGGAAACGCAGGAAAGAAGCAAAUGAGCAUAGGGAAAAUGGUGAUAUUACUUCAGAAAAUGGAUCGCAUAGAGGUGUGCAAUAUCCUUUCUCAGUUAAUGAGAAGGUUAUUAUCAGGGGCAACAGGCGGACGCCCGAUAAGUUUGUUGGAAAGGAAGCAGUGAUAACUUCACAAUGUCUUAAUGGCUGGUAUUUGCUUAAGAUUAUCGAGACUGGAGAAAAUGUCCGUCUACAAUACCGGUCCUUGAGAAAAAUUCCAGGUUCCAAUGAUUCAGAGAACAGGUGUGUAUCUGAACCAGUUCAGAGUAGCAGCUGAGCUGAUGGUAGGCCUACAUAUAAUUUUGAGAUAUAGCAUGCAGGAAUAUGUCAUGUCUUGUCUCGUCUCAAGCGCUGCAUAUGUUACAUAGUAAUUAUUUCAUUGAAUGCUCUAGUUUAGAGUUAGCGAUAGACAAGGGGGGAAUUCUUGUCCCGUUGUGUAGCUCCAUGUUGAUAUCAGCUUUUGCUUUUGUUCCGGUGGAACGGGACGAAAAUCCCGCCUUCUUAGUGGAAAGAUGGAUCACAAGUUCACCAAGCAACGUAGAUAACGUGAUGUCCUUCAAUUUGAUGAUAUAUAUGAAAGGAUGGAUGCAUUUUGAAAA